AUAAGGAGACAGAGCUGGACGGAGGGUCAUUCAGAAAAACAGAGAGAGAGAUGGCAGGGGAGGAGAAGCCGGGUGUGAAGAGCAGCAGCUCCAUUGUCCCCUGUUUCCUGUUUGUGGAGCUGGUGAUCAUGGCUGGGACGGUGCUGCUGGCUUACUACUUUGAGUACACGGACACGUUUCCUGUACACAUCCAGGGCUUCUUCUGCUAUGACAAGACCUUCUCUAAGCCCUACCCGGGACCAGACAACAUCAGCAAGAUCCCACCUGUGCUCAUCUACUCACUUGUCACAGCUGUACCCACCUUCACGAUUCUUGUUGGAGAGCUAUGUGCAUUCUUCACUAAGGCAGAGGGAACCCAGGAGAAGACCAUCGUCACUGCUGACUGUUGCUACUUCAACCCCCUACUGAGGCGCAUAAUACGCUUCCUUGGUGUCUAUGCCUUCGGCCUGUUUGCGACCACCAUCUUUGCCAAUGCUGGCCAAGUGGUGACAGGAAAUCAGACGCCUCACUUCCUGUCUGCCUGCAGGCCAAACUACACAUCAUUAGGCUGCCAGUCCACCACACAGUACAUCGCAGAGCGCAGAGCCUGCACAGGCAACUCACUGGUUGUCAUGUCCGCACGUAAAUCCUUCCCAUCCAAGGAUGCAGCACUCAGUGUCUACUGCGCACUGUACACAGUGAUGUACGUGACACUGGUGUUCAAAACCAAAGGCACACGGCUGACUAAGCCCACUAUCAGCCUCACCCUGCUCUGCCUGGCUAUGCUGGUUGGCGUAAUCAGAGUGGCCGAGUACCGCAACCACUGGGCUGACGUCCUUGCAGGGUUUUUCACCGGAGGGUCCAUUGCAGUGUUUUUGGUGACUUGUGUGAUUAACAACUUUAAACAGCUGCAGCCCAGCCCUCUUCCACUGCGACCCCAGAGGCCUGAGUCCGUUCUGGGCAUGCCAAUGGUGACGAUGCCCUGCGUGGAGAGUCCACUCGAAAAGUUAAGUGGCCCUCAGCAUCCUGCACUCUCUGCCACCUCCCCACCUUACAACGCCUAUGUCCAACCAUUCUAACCAACUUUAAAUAUAUUUUUUGCCUGUCCACACCACUCCUCACUAUCAUGUGUUGCCUUAUUUCUGUUUUUGCUCUUUGCAUCCGUUUUCCUUCCUCCUCUUCACCACCCUCCUCAUCCCGUACAUUGCUCUUGAUUAUUCUUUUCUUCACUUUUCUCUCUCCCUCGCCCUCUCUCUGCCCCAUCCUCUCUCUUUUUCUCACUCCUCUCUUUCCCCUGCAGACUCCGCGGGGAUCUCCGUUCACCGAGAUCACAUGACCAUCAGCCCUAUCGGUUCCCCACCACCCCCGAUGUCAUCAUUCCGUCUCGCUCCAUUUCCAGCGAAGUCUAGACCAGUCGGAGCAGCACUCGCCACACUGUGCUGCCCAUCCAGCAGGGCGGUACGCAACGCUGCACCGCUCCUAUUCCACACAGGUCUAGACCUCCCAUAAUAAACACAGAAACCCCACCCUGUUGCCCUAUUAACCCCCGGGGAACCGAUAGACAAAUUCUUCAAGGACUAUCUCUUUGCUGAAAACAGUAAAGAGCUGAACACUCAAAACAGAGUCAGGUACAUCUCUCUGAUUUUUGUUGUUUGUUUGUUUGUUUAUUUAUUACAAUUAAAGACUUUUAUUUUUGCUUUUUCAAUUAUGGACUCAGUCAAGGGAACUGUGGCCACUGAGAAUGUCUGACUUUUUUUUUUUUUACAACAGUGCAAUUACGUUUUCAUCAUUUUAAGUGAGCAGGUGCUGAAAAAUGGCGUUGAACUUCUUGUGUGACUCAUAGGACACAGCUUUGAUAUCAAGAGUUUGACACGUUGCCGAAAGGAUCGCUGUGCUGCUGAGAUUACCUGUAAAAACCUCUAUUGAGCAAGCCAUAUGCACAGAUACACACACAGAAGUCACUUUUGGGAUAUACAAAAGUCUUGCAUUUAUUACCCUGAUACUUUCCUUUUUGGUAUUUUGACCAUAGACUGUAUAAAAACUGGAUGUAGUAUCCGUGACGUCACCCAUCUGUUCCUGAGCUCUGUUUUGAAGCCAGUCAUCAGCGGUUGUCAUAUUGGAAAUACUGAACACAACCAAACUUCGUCCAAGCUGGUGUGAGGUAAAGAGGCGGGCCUUUAGCCUUUUCGCUAACAGCUACAGGGUGCUUGUCUGUCAAUCUAGUCAGCCAUGUCCUUAUUUGGGCCAAACUCGUAUGUUUAAUAUCUUCGAGUUUUAUGAAAAAUCCCCCGCCCCCUACAGUGCAUGCCAAUAGAGAAAUUAGCAACUCAGACCUAAACUGUUUUUUGAACCAGGCUGUAAACAUGUUUAUUAUUGCUGCAAAGAUCGUCUCCUUGAAUGGGUGUGUAUGUGGUUUGCAGUGUUUUCUGCAGCCAUCCUCAAGCGAAUGCUCAAUGAAUGGCAGUUUUUCUUCUUGGGAUUCAUAUUUUAAAACCUGUGGUUGCCGCUUGAUUUUGACCCACUUCUGAUUACUAAAACUUAGUCUUGAACCCCAAACCUUCAUUUGACAACUGACCAUUUGUCCCUAACUUUCCCAACUCCAAAUUAACAGGUCGUGUGUUUUGUUUCCAUCCCUGAAAGUGACUCGAGUCAUACCCACAACCUCAAACACUUCACCACAGUACACACACUGCAGUCUGAGUAGUAGCCCCCUUUUCAGCUCCAUGUGGGUUUUACUCGGAUCAAAGAAUUUAUCUCAGAUCUCUCAGCAGAGGCACCAGACAAAAGCAAAGAGGAUCAAAGUACUGACAUCUUCACUUGGCUUUCCUAGCCAUGUUUUUAUUGGAUGGUUGCUGCUUCGCCAAAAAAAAAAAAAAAAAAUGAUGUUAAAUACAAACACAUCUGAUAAGACAAAGCCAAGCUUCUGACUGCAGGUGGCUUAACAGUGAGCCAAAUCAAGUGCAUCGCAUUCAGGAACCAAUAUUUGUGUUUUGUAUUCUUGCGAGAUGAGAAGCUGUCAUGCAAAAUUCUUAUGCCAACAGGCUUUUAUUUUUUUCCACUCCUGAACAUGGAAUUUCUCUACAGAAGAUUUGCUAACAACUGCCAGAGUCAUGUAAUUAUUGUGAUUUAUUUUUCCGAUUAUAUUGUUAGAUUUAUUUAUUGUUAUUUACAUACAGUGUGGUUGCCAUAAGCGCUCAGAGGGGCGUGACAGUUUUGCUAACUUUGAUUUGCACACUCCUUCAAAUCCACAAUUCUUUAAUUAUCUUCUUCCUCUUCAUCUUUUUUUUCACUCUGUGUGUCACUGUGGCGUUGGUUUCUUGACUAUGAUGCCAUCACUGUGCUGUGAAAUGUUUCCCUCUGCUGGACAACACACACACACACACAAACACACACACACAUACACACACACACACACACACACACACACAGACAUGCACAUAAGAAUAAAGACUGAUUUGACAGAGCACACGCAUAUUACAGCAUUUUUAAAAGCACACACACACAGUCACAUGUAUAUCCCCUGACUGGUUGCUGACACUUGUUUGUACAGUAUUGUAAAUAACUUUUUUGUAAUGACCUUUAAUUUUUACACAAGCAUCACCACUAAAUGAAGACAUUCGGAAACAUCUUGUGUUUAUUAUUAUGAACAGUUUGUAUUAAGGUGCUGAAUCACUCCUGAAAAACAACGGGUGUGUGCAAAAAAUACCCACAUGGCUCAAUCUUUGAGUCAAACAUGUCUGCUGAAUCAGCAUUGAAUGGGUAAAGUGUUUGGUUUCAGGCAUGCUGUGUGUUCUUUGGUGAUGAAACGAAAAUUCUGUCAUUUUUAAGUGCAGCGUUAUAAGUUGAAAACAUGGUUGAGAAACACUUCCUGUUUUG